UCCUGCUCGACCUGAUUGGUAACCAGCUCGCAUAUAUUCGUGUCACCAGAGGUAGAAAACCGCAGAGGAGCUAAAUCUCUUCAGGAGGUCAAACACACACACUGACUGAGCAGGUUUUCAGAUUUCUUUUGAGGAAUUUUUUUUAAAGAAUUAAGUUUUUUUUUUUAAAGACUCUCAAAGAUGUCUAUUUUACCCGACGAGGCGACUUUUGCUGACUUCAGAAAUCAGUGUUCAUCCACGGAGAAUUGGGCCAGCAAGUAUGACAAGCAUGGGAUACAGGUGUGGGUCGAAGUUGCUCCUAAAAACAAAGGAAAUAAUGUACCUAAAGUCCACAAAAUCAAGUGUAAAAUGACAAUCAAAGAUGUGUCCGCCGCCACCAUGUACGACGUCCUUCACGAUGGCCAGUACCGUAAGACGUGGGACUCGGCCAUGGCGGAGAGUUAUGACAUUGCCCGGCUCUCUGCUAACGCUGAUGUGGGAUACUACGCAUGGGUUUCUCCAAAGCCGAUAACAAACAGAGAUGUGGUGACUCUGCGUUCGUGGCAGGUGAACGAGGAUGCGUACAUCAUCGUCAACUUCUCAGUCAAACAUCCGAAAUACCCUCCCUGCAAAAAAGCAGUGAGAGCCGUCUCCAUCCUCACUGGCUACUUGGUCAAGCCCAUUGGACCAAACAGCUGCACUUUCACAUACCUUUCACAAGCGGACCCCAAAGGUUCUCUUCCAAAGUGGGUGGUGAACCACGCGUCCAAAUUUCUCGCUCCGAAGGUAAGUAACGUAACAUGUCGCAAACUCUUUUCAGUAAAGCUUUUGUUUACUUCUAGUCAACAAUAGCACUGGAGGUGAUAAAAAUACACGAGCUGUG